AUGCCUCAAUCGAAUACUCCCUACCCCUUCGAAUUCACCCACCCAACCCCAACCCAGUCCACAAAUGGAACAACCCAAACUAUACCCCUCACCAUCCCCAAUGUCCGCGGCACGAUCCCCUCCCUCCAAACAUCCCGUCUCCGGACAAUGAUGCUCGAAGCGCGCCGUGAUCCCACCAAGAUCCUGGCCUUCCCGUGUAGCUACGACGGGCUAUCCUCGCGUCUUAUCGAGGAGGCCGGGUUCCCGAUGCUGUUUUUAUCCGGCUUCGCUGUGUCCAGUUCAUACGGGCUGCCUGAUACGGGGUAUAUCGCUAUGGAAGAGAUGUGUUCGAAGGUACAGGAGACGGUGAGGGUGACUAGUCUUCCUGUUAUGGUCGAUGGAGAUACGGGGUAUGGGAGCCCGAUGAAUGUUCGGCGGACGGUGGAGGCGUUUGCCGCGGCUGGGGCGGCGGGGGUGAUGAUUGAGGAUCAGACAUGGCCUAAGCGAUGCGGCCAUACGAAGGGAAAAUCAGUUGUUUCGCGCGGUGAAGCCUACGCUCGGAUCCAAGCUGCCUGCGACGCCCGGAAUGAAGGACGGGAUAUUUUCAUUCUUGCCAGAACUGAUGCCUUGAUACUUGGAUGGGAGGAAGCGAUGACACGAGCGAAGGAGUUCAAGAAACUUGGUGCCGAUGCGGUGUUUGUUGAAGCCUUGCCGGACAGGGAGUCGAUGCAGCGCUGCGUUCAGGAGUUGGAUAUGCCCAUGCUGGCUAAUAUUAUUGAAGGGGGCAAGACGGAGAAUCUCUCUGCGAAGGAGCUCGCUCAGUUGGGUUUCGCUGCCGUGGCUUAUCCGUGGACACUGGUCGCGGCUAGAUUGAAGAGUAUUCGGGAUGCGCUGGAAGGGCUGAAACAGAGCAUGGUUGAGGGUACGGCACCACCUAUGAUUCUGGGAUACCCGGAGGUGUGCGAGGGAGUUGGGUUUAAUCGAUACUGGGAUCAAGAGACACGCUAUGAAUACGACCACAACGGGUUUAUUAAUCCUUAGUUAGGAUCUAUUUGCCAGUAGUCGACUAAUGGUUUUCGCUACGAUCCCUAAACUGGUGAUCCGAUUUAAGCCCUAAAUAUGUUGUCAUCAAGCAUAUCUUGCUGAAUGUUUGCACAGCUAGGCAAGAUUAUGAAUAUAUCUUAAUAGAUGCUUACGAAAAACGCCGAUAUAUGGGAGAAAAACUGCCCUUUUAUUCCAGUGAUCGAAUAUAACACAUAGAAUGCUAAUUUAACCAUUCAUUCUGAAUCGAACGAGGCCAGGAGCAAGUUGAUG